UCUACGUUUAAUUUACGCUUCCUCAUGCCAAACAUACCCUCAAAAACUUGUUAUAUUCAUCAUCUUUUCUGUUCCGCCUCCUAAAACCCAAGUCUGACAAACAAGGGGGAAAAAAAGGGAAAGAAAUGGAGUUUAAUAGCAUUCUCAAAUUUCUUGAAAACAGAUGCAUUCUUGUAAUUGGCGUGACUGGCUUUCUUGCAAAAGUUUUUAUUGAGAAAAUACUAAGGGUUCAACCAAAUGUGAAGAAACUCUUUCUUCUGUUGAGGGCUGCAGACAAUGACUCGGCUUUACAUCGUUUCAAUAAUGAGGUGAUGGCGAAGGACUUGUUCAAAGUUGUAAAGGAGAAAUAUGGUCCAAAAUUAGAGUCCCUUAUCCACGACAAAAUCACGGUGAUAGCAGGCGACAUUACACGUGAUUAUAUGGGAUUAAACGUAUCCACUUUGGAAGAGCUUUACGAACAAGUGGAAAUUGUCAUCAAUUUAGCUGCAACUACAGAUUUUAAUGCAAGAUUUGACAUUGCAAUGGGGAUCAAUACUAUCGGACCAGCUAACGUUCUGAGUUUUUGCAGGCAGUGUACAAAAUUAAGGGUGUUGCUUCACGUAUCAACCGCAUACGUGUGUGGAGAGGAGGAGGGACUCGUUCUAGAGACGCCAUUUAAAUUUGGUGAGACACUUAACGGGACAUAUAAUUUGGACAUUUACAAGGAAAAAGAAUGUGUUGAGGCAAAAUUAGAAGAGCUUCGAGCACAAAAUGCUUCAGAAAAAUGUAUUGCGUCAGCAAUGAAGGAUUUAGGUUUUCAAAGAGCAAGAAAGUACGGAUGGCCCAAUACAUACUCUUUUACGAAAGCCAUGGGGGAGAUGUUAUUGGGCCGUUUGAAAGAGGAAACGCCCAUUGUCAUUGUUCGGCCCACUAUCAUUACAAGUACAUACAAAGAACCCUUCCCUGGUUGGCUUGAAGGAAUCAGACAUAUUGACAGCUUUGUGAUGGGAUAUGGGAAAGGCAAAAUGACAUGCUUUCCUGGUGAUCCUCAGAGUAUAGUAGACUUAAUCCCAGCUGACAUGGUGGUGAAUGCAAUGUUAGCAUCAAUGGCAGCCCACUCAAACGAGCCAGGCGAGAUAAUUUAUCAUGUGGGGUCCUCAAUGUCGAACCCGAUUCACUACAGUUGUCUUCAAGAUUACGGCUUUUGCUUUUUUACCGAGAGGCCAUGGCUUAAUAACGAUGGCAAGCCCGUUGUUGUAACGAAAAUGAAAGAGUUGAGUACCAUUCAUGCUGUCGAAAGAUACAUGCAAAUACACUUCUUCAUUCCUCUAAAGAUUUUAAGCCUUGUGAACACCGCAAGCUGCCAAUAUUUUCAAGCGACCCACAUUGAUCUAUCCCGAAGGGUCAAGUUCUUGAAGCGGCUUGUAGAGCUGUUUAGCCCAUAUGUCUUCUUUAAGGGAGUCUUUGACGACAUGAACACUGAAAAACUGAGGAUGAAUGCCAAGGAAAGCAUCGACUCUACUGAGAAUGAGAUUUUCUACUUUGAUCCAAAGUGCAUAAAUUGGAAGGAUUAUUUCAUGUAUACUCAUAUUGCUGGUGUGGUGAAACAUGCUUUUUAGAUCAUAUUUAAAAAAAACGAAAGUAUUGGAGUUUGUUAACAUUAUAACUAUUACGUAAUUCGUGUGAUGCACGUGUUGUAUUUGUUUUUGUAAAAUUUAUAAUUAAA